UUUGUUUUUUUUUAAGAGUCAAAUUUGUGCGGCAUACAAGUGUCAUCGAAGCUGUGUCUACUAAUGCUAAUGCUAAAGGGAAGCAGGUGAGGUUACGUCAGAUUGUUUUAAAACAGCCCUGAGCAUUAAAGAGUCGUUUUGAGCAACUGCAGAUCCACAAAAAUUGCUUCCUGAAUGGCUUGCCCAGCAUUUGCCAUGGGACCUACUUAAUAAACAAACAAACACAAAAAAAGGUGGACACCACACUGAACUUCUACAUGAGUAAUGAACCUAAACCCCUUCUGGAGCAUGUCUGCCAAUACGAGUCUUAAGAGACCUGAAAGUGAGGACCAGGGCGAGCUGAAAAGCAGCCCGCCCCGGCUGCCCUUUGGCAAGAAGCAGCUUCCAGCCAUCCCUAAGAAUGCAGCCGCCAUCAUCAAGCCAGCAGCCUUGGGCAGCCCAGCCCACUCUGCAAACGGCCCGCACGCACCCUACGGCCCCUUUUACUUGGAAUACUCCCUGCUGGCUGAGUUCACCCUCGUGAUUAAGCAGAAACUUCCUGGAAUUUACGUGCAGCCGUCGUACAAGUCGGCCCUGAUGUGGUUUGGAGUCAUAUUCAUCAGACAUGGCUUGUACCAGGAUGGAGUCUUCAAGUUCACUGUGUAUAUCCCAGAUAACUAUCCAGAUGGCGAUUGUCCAAAAUUAGUGUUUGACAUGCCAGUCUUCCAUCCAGUUGUUGACCCCGUUUCUGGCGAGCUUGACAUCAAAAGAGCUUUCACCAAAUGGAGGCGGAAUCAUAACCACAUCUGGCAAGUUCUCAUGUAUGCACGUACCAUUUUCUACAAGAUAACCACCUCAGAGCCCCUCAACCCAGAAGCUGCUGUACUGUAUGAGAAGGAUGUGCAGUUGUUCAAGAGCAAAGUGGUGGACAGCGUGAGACUAUGCAACAGUCGUCUGUUUGACCAGCCCAAGAUAGACGAUCCCUAUGCAAUAAGCUUUUCUCCUUGGAACCCAGCUGUUCACGAAGAAGCGAAAGAGCGAAUGUUCACAUACAAAAGACGACCUGAGGACCACCACAAGGGAACGCAGGGCUCGGGCCUGUCCUGGGUCAAACCCGGGUCGACGCAGCCCUUCAGCAAAGACGACAGUCCUCCUCGGAGUUGAACCGACACAUGCACCGCCACUAGUGGGAGGUGUCCGCAUCGCAGGCCGCACCAUGUUUGCGAGUCGGAUCCUCAAAUAAGGACAUUAUGAAUAUUGCUCAGCUUUAAAAGUGUCGCCCGCCAACAGCUUUAGCGUACUGAAACCAAGUUUAUAUGGCAAGGAUGACAAAUGGAUGUCUCCAAAGUAGAAUCCAGCAAUUCUUGUAGAUAUUUCAAGAUACAUAUGCACAUGCUGGCCAGGUUCGGUGAUUACGUACUGUUCCAAAAGUCCAAAAAGCGUGCAGUGGACUUCAUGAUCUCUCAGCUCAGGACUGUUUUUAUUCAUCUCGCCAGGAAUGUCAAUCACAGCUGGGCGAAUACCGGACCUUCAACUUGUCCAUUUUUUUUUUUUUUUUUUUUUUGUUUUUUCCUUUUUCUUUCUUCCUCAAUGACUUAUUUUUAAUCACAUCUUAUGGCUCAUUAUAAUGCUGACUGGUUUUAAAUAUGUUGCUAAGUAAGGACAUGCACGUCUUUUUCUGGUGUACUUAUUAAAGGUUUGGUGUGUAAAUAA